AUGGCUCAACAAGAUCGAAUCCUCUCUUGUCAGGUCGAUAAAGCGGACGAAAGUGGUUUGUCCGGAUCGGAGCAUUUUGCUGACGGUGUGGAAAGUUGGUUGAAACACGAAACGGCUACUCGCAACUCCACAGCAGAAUGGCAAACGUUCACUCACCGAGCCCGCGAAUUUGUCAGAAAGUUUGGACAAACUCAACGAAUAGUCUGCAUCACGUCGGGAGGAACCGUGGUUCCGUUAGAGCUCAACACCGUCCGAUUUAUCGACAAUUUUAGGCAAGUAAACACCGGUGCUCGCGGCGCUGUGAGUGCAGAACACUUCUUGAAGUUGGGCUACGCGGUCAUUUUCCUGCACCGCCGGGGCUCCCUCACGCCCUUCACGAACCGCCUGUGUCCCCCUGGCAGAGGCACCCCAUCGAUCGAGGACUGGUUCGACCUGGACGAUGCGUCAGAUCCCGACGGAGGCGCCUCUCGGGACGCCUCCCUCCAGCCCGAACUGCGUCCGAAGUUCGCCCAACGUGUCUGUGAGGUGGUCAGGAGUUAUGCGCAGUUCCUCAAGUGGAAUUUUGCUGUCACACCUACGCGGCUAUCGGUUUCUCUAACAGCAAGUACAAGAUUAAAUGCAUUAGCUCGAUGUGUUGCUCCAAGACCACCGCUGAUGGAGCCUCGGCGUGAUUUACGCAAAUCUCCCACGUGGCAUGUCCACAUUGUAGGUGAGCGUUUGUUGUUGCUCGACUUCCUUACCGUUGAGGAGUACCUGGUGCAGUUGCGGUGGCUGUGUCACCUGCUCUCCGAAGACGGCCUCUGUCUGGCCGGCUCGAUCAUCUACCUGGCGGCUGCUGUCUCCGACUUCUACAUUCCCCGCGACCACCUGCCGCGGCACAAACUCCACGCGGGACAGAAGCCUGAGGAGACCGGAGGCGGAAUCAUCCGCUGCCACCCGAACGGGUCACUGACAGUCCACCUAUCACCAGUCCCAAAGCUCCUUGGGCUGAUCUCGACUAAAUGGGCCCAAUCGUCUCUGGUCGUCAGUUUUAAACUUGAAACGGACGAGUUUCUCGUCCUGAAGCGAGCGGAGGCAGCCCUUCGGAAGUACCAUACGCACGCGGUGAUCGCGAACCUCCUGCACACACGCAAAGUGGAAGCCUGGCUUCUCCACGCCCUCGAAGGAGUUCCUACCGACGCUAGCAUUUCCUGUGAGCAUCUCUCAGUGACCGAAUACCCAGACGAGGAACUCGAAAAGGUUCUCAUCGACCGUGUCACCCAGCUUCACACGAAUUUUAUAGAAAUACGAAAGAGAGCCGCGGCCUAUGAAACCAGUUGA